CAAAGGUCAAUUCAUUUCAAAUGUUUCUCAUUUCAAGAUGGUUGCUCUAGCUGGCGGAGCAAAUGGAACGGUUCAUGUAAAUGGCAAAAUAAACGGAUAUAAUAAAAAGAGCAACGGUUUGCAUAAGAAUGGGAAAUCGCAACAGACCACAUACACAGAUCAAGCUGACUGGAAGAAGGAUUAUUGGGAGUCGUUUGAAGAGACACCACUUUUAGCGGCUGUUUUUACAUACAUUUGUUAUGGUUUAGUAGUUUUAAUUGGCCACAUUCGGGAUUUUCUGAACAACCUAGGGUUGCUGAAAGUGAAUGCCUGUCUAGAGCCUCGGAUACCGGGUUUUGUGCCUCUCUUCUCAACAUGGGAAAGUUUCUACACUCGGCACGUAUUUCGCCGUGUAUCAGAUGUGUUAGGUGUUCCGGUUGGAGGCUGCCCGGCUGCAAGGUUCAACAUUAUCAAAAGAGUAACACAUGACUAUGGAUGGAGCUAUGUGUUGCAUCAUGAUGAGAUUCACACAAUGCUGAAUUUUGGUUCCUAUAACUACCUGGGCUUCUCUCAGAAUGAAGGACCCUGUGCAGAGGCAGCUUCUAAAGUCACACAUAACUAUGGCAUCACAUCAGCUGCCAGCAGACAAGAACUAGGUCAUCUUGACAUCCAUGAUGAGCUUGACAAGUUAGUGGCAGACUUCCUCGGUGUAGAAGCAGCAUUCACAGUGCCUAUGGGAUUUGCAACAAAUUCAAUGAAUAUGCCUUGCCUUGUCAGUAAAGGAUGUUUGAUCCUCAGCGAUGAGUUGAACCAUGCCUCACUGGUACUGGGCAGUCGACUGUCUGGAGCUACCAUCCGUACAUUCAAACAUAACAACAUGCAGAGUUUAGAGAAAAAGCUUAAAGAUGCUGUAAUACAUGGCCAGCCGAGAACACACAGACCAUGGAAGAAAAUAUUAAUUGUAGUAGAGGGAGUUUAUAGUAUGGAAGGGUCUAUAAUCUGUCUGCCUGAGGUUAUUCGUCUGAAAAAGAAAUACAAGGCGUACCUGUACCUUGAUGAGGCUCACAGUAUUGGGGCCAUGGGCUCACAUGGUAAAGGGGUAGUGGAUUAUUUCAGCUUGGACCCUAAUGAUGUUGACAUCAUGAUGGGCACAUUUACAAAGAGCUUCGGUGCUGCUGGAGGAUAUAUUGGUGGAUCAAAGAAGCUGAUAAAUCACCUAAUGUUGUCAUCACAUAGUUCGGUAUAUUCUCCAUCAAUGCCACCGCCAGUAGCUCAACAGGUCAUCUCUUCCAUGAAAAUUAUUAUGGGUCUUGACGGAACAAAUGAAGGCAAACGUAGAAUACAACAGUUAAAGUGGAACUGUCGAUACUUCCGUAGAAAUUUACAUGAGCGUGGUUACAUAAUAUAUGGCAACAAAGAUUCACCAGUUGUUCCACUGUUGCUCUUCAUGCCAACCAAACUAGCUGCCUUCAGUAGAGAAUGUCGUCAGCGCCGUCUUGGUGUGGUCGUGGUUGGUUUUCCAGCCACUCCUAUCACUAAAACACGAGCAAGAUUCUGCCUUUCAGCAGCUCACACCAAAGAGGACAUUGAUGAGGCAUUAAAGAUCAUUGAAGAGGUUGGCGAUCUGAUCCGGCUGAGAUACUCCAAACUUCCAGUUCCCGACUUCAGUGAGAAGGGGAUUGAACUUGUGCAGUGAACAAAGUGUGGAACAGCGUUCUAUCAUCAAAUAUGAAGUUUUCAUCAGUUUUCAUCUUGCCGUUGUCAGUGCAGCCGUGAUAAAACUUGAUCAAAAUCAUUUCUUUUAGAAUUUAUUCUUCACUCAAUAUUCGUAGCAUUUUCUCUCAAAAAAAUCAGCCAAUAAGUUUCAAGAAACAUGUGAUUCUUAACCUGGAGUAUGCUUGAGGUAGCCUUAAAAAAUUGUGAAGGGAAUUAUUCCUAAGAGCUCUUAAACAGAUGAAUUUAAUGUUCUGAACAGUUUGAAAAUAAGCUUUGCUUAAGAUAAGGUAGUUGUGAACAGUGAAAGAAAUGAAUUUUCACAGCAGUGAACAAAUUGGAAAUUGGAUUUGUGCUUAAGCGAGACUUUUGAAAGUGGUGAUUUAUAUAAUAAACAGGAUUAUUUAAAAUAAAAAACAAAAGCCUGCAGACAAAAAAAAAGAUUUUGUUUAGCAGAUGGUGGGAAAGGAGAUGCCUAUGAUAGGCCUUUAUAGUUGUGAACAUGGUAAUAAAAUCUGGACUGUUUAUAGUUCAUGUCUGUUCUGAACAACAGUAAAACACCAAUCGCUCGGUGGUUGCAGGGGGUGAAGCAAAAUACUCGUGUAGUCAAGUUUUGAGUGAUUGAAACAUAGAAAGAGAUUUUGCAAGGGACCUUAUGUAUUGCUAGAGGGAGCCCCGAUCCUGGAGUCUGAGACUUGAGCCAUUGGUGUUUCACUAUUUUUAGCUCACCUGUCACAAAGUGACAAGGUGAGCUUUUGUGAUCACGCAGCGUCCGUCCGUCAGUCCGUUCGUGCGUGCGUGCGUAAACUUUUGCUUGUGACCACUCUAGAGGUCACAUUUUUCAUGGGAUCUUUAUGAAUAUUGGUCAGAAUGUUCAUCUUGAUGAUAUCUAGGUCAAGUUCGAAACUGGGUCAUGUGCGGUCCAAAACUAGGUCAGUAGGUCUAAAAAUAGAAAAUCCUUGUGACCUCCCUAGAGGCCAUAUUUUUCAAUGGAUCUUAAUAAAAAUUGGUCAGAAUGUUCAUCUUGAUGAUAUCUAGGUCAAGAUGAAACUGGGUCACGUGCGGUCAAAAACUAGGUCAGUAGGUCUAAAAAUAGAAAAACCUUGUGACCUCUCUAGAGGCCAUAUAUUUCAUGAAAUCUUCAUGAAUAUUGGUCAGAAUAUUCACCUUGAUGAUAUCUAAGUCAAGUUCGAAAGUGGGUCACGUGCCUUCAGAAACUAGGUCAGUAGGUCAAAUAAUAGAAAAACCUUGUGACCUCUCUAGAGGCCAUAUUUUCCAUGGGAUCUGUAUGAAAGUUGGUCUGAAUGUACAUCUUGAUGAUAUCUAGGUCAAGUUCGAAACUGGGUCACGUGCCUUCAAAAACUAGGUCAGUAGGUCAAAUAAUAGAAAAACCUUGUGACCUCUCUAGAGACCAUAUUUUUCAAUGGAUCUUCAUGAAAGUUGGUCUGAAUGUUCACCUUGAUGAUAUCUAGGUCAAGUUCGAAACAGGGUCAUGUGCGGUCAAAACCUA